UAAGUAAAAAUAAAACGUUAUAGUUAAGCUUGUAAAGAAGUUAGCAAAAUGUAAUUUUGAAUUGCAGAAAAUAGCUCUGUUGCUAAUAAACUCGAAGUUCGAAUGUAUGUCAUAUGGUGGUGUUUUGAAAUGUUCAGUGGUCGUUUUAGGAUUUUCCCCACGCUUCACCUCACUGCAGUUGUUAUUAACUAGAUAGGUAGAUUGGCUAUCUAAGUAGCUAGCAGUUAGUCAUUGUUGUAUUCAAUCAAAUAGUUAGUUAGUUUAGUAGUGCUGUAUAUCUCAAGGAGUAAAAUCCCGACACGCCCACGGAUAUCGGAUAAUUGAUAAUUGCGUUGUUGUCCUUGUUUGUUACAGAUACAAUGAGUGCCAAAUUCGGCCUGAUGAACUACAACAACGCCCGGAAGCACCUGUCUAUCUCCAUCCCGUCUUCCAGCGAGGUCAUGAUGUCUCCGCACAUUAAGUCUGUGGAGGAGCUGAGAGUGCUAGGUAUCAACCUGAGCAGCUUCAACACAGCUACCCAGUUCUGCAUCUGCACGGCGGGUGUCUUCCUCUUUUACCUCAUCUAUGGCUACCUACAAGAGCUCAUAUUUUCCGUGGAGGGUUUCAAGCCCUUCGGAUGGUACCUCACCCUGGUACAGUUUGGGUUCUACUCCCUGUUUGGACUGGUGGAAUUGCAGCUCACACAGGACAAACGGAGAAGAAUACCAGGGAAGACGUACAUGAUCAUAGCAUUUCUAACGGUGGGGACCAUGGGCCUAUCAAACACCUCACUGGGUUACUUGAAUUAUCCUACACAGGUCAUCUUCAAGUGCUGCAAACUUAUUCCUGUCAUGAUAGGAGGCGUAUUCAUUCAAGGGAAACGCUACAAUCUGGCUGAUGUAUCUGCUGCUCUCUGUAUGAGCCUGGGACUCAUCUGGUUCACCCUAGCUGACAGUAAAGUCGCCCCCAACUUCAAUGCAACCGGGGUCCUCCUCAUCUCUUUGGCUCUGUGCGCUGAUGCUGCCAUUGGGAACGUGCAGGAGAAAGCCAUGAAGCUCCAUAACGGCUCUAACUCUGAAAUGGUUUUGUAUUCCUAUUCCAUCGGUUUUGGGUACAUAUUGACAGGCCUGUUGGGUGCAGGUGGAUUGGGACCAGCAGUGGCCUUUUGCUCUCAGCAUCCUGUGACAACAUACGGUUAUGCAUUCUUCUUCUCUCUCACGGGGUACUUUGGCAUUUCAUUUGUGCUGGCCUUGAUCAAACUCUUUGGAGCCCUGGUAGCAGUCACAGUAACGACUGGACGUAAGGCGAUGACGAUUGUACUAUCCUUUAUGUUUUUCUCCAAGCCUUUUACUUUUCAGUACCUAUGGGGUGGACUUUUAGUGCUGCUCGGCAUCUUCCUGAAUGUUUACAGCAAAAACAAAGACAAAAUGAAGCUGCCAUCUUUGGCGGACCUCAGGAAUAUGUUUCUGACCGGGAAGAAGGUCAGGCUGCUGUCACAGAACGUGUAGUAAAAGGGACCUGUGCUGGGCAGGAUAAACAAACAUUUUUCUAACGUUCCUAUCCAACAUGGACCUAAUAACAGUGGGCUCCUAAGACAUUCCUUGGCCACAGAGCUCCACAGAAACAUUCCCAGGAGGAGAAAGUGGACACGGAGCACCUGUGAGUCUCUGAAAGGGAAGCUGACUCCUUGGCUAACCCAAAUAGCACAGUUCUGCACUGUAAGUGACUCUAUGACUUUAGCCUGAGCAAGACGAAGGGGGACGUAAGGUUGAAAGAGAAUAUAUUGACAUUUAUUGAACUGAUCAUGUCCGAAAUUGAAUGCACCAAAAAUAUAUAUAUCUUAAAUGGCAUAUUUUCACCUGCAUGUGCCAGAAGACAAAAACUAAUGUUUUACUCAAUCACUGUCUGAGAAAUGUGUCUUCUCAUGGUUUCUUUGUAAUUUAUAUCCGAUUGUACAAAAGACCGCUCAACAGCACAGUGACAUCUUGAAGUGUGGGGCGGGCUAUGCUCGGAAGUAUAUCAACGUGUCAACUGCCAUAUUUGCGAACCGUUUGUUUUGUUGAAAUUGUAGCUCUUUUUACAUUAAACAAACUGGGAAGUUUACCCAAAAGCUUUU